AGUCUCAAACAAUUAUUUGCAAAUCUCGAUAGUGUUAAUAUAUCACAUCCAUAAAUAUAUGAGUACGUAUUAAUUCUAACUGAAUGUUGUAAGCAUAAGUACGGGGCUAACUUGUUUGACAAAAUACUCAGAUUGGCAAUUAAAUCUUAGUGGGCUUUGAUAAAAUCAACAAACACAUUCAAGUAAUACGUAUACUCUAGUCAAUACGGUGGCAAAAGCCUUGACGUUUAGUAUUACUAGUAUGUCAGUUAUGUGAAGGAAAUUCUUUGCUGUGAUACGCGAAAGUCAAUCUACUCGAAUUAUUUUACGGCUGCAUCGUCUUUCUCUGUCGUUCCUGAUACUUCCUGGCAUUACUAUACUUUGAAUAAAAUAUAUCUAAGUGCUAAUAUGGCCUUGGUACCGGAGAUUAUUGUUUUCAAUGAAGAGAACGUCAAGCCAAAGAGGUUAAGUCAGCAUAUUUCUGCGAUCAUCAUAUCAUUUAGUGGUUUUGCGCUUGGAGUUUCAAUAGGAUGGAAUUCUAGUGCAGGUGAUACAUUGAGGAAUGUUUUAAAUGCCACAGCAACUGAGAUAGGAUUAGUGGGUGGCAUAGUGAAUGCCGGGGCGUGUGCUGGUAUAUUCAUGUUGCCAUGUAUUCUCAGAUAUCUCAGUUACACCUCUAGCUACCUCAUCAGCAUCCCUAUUUACUUGUUCGGAUGGACAUUUAUUUGUUUGGCUGAUCAAAAGGUUUGGUGUCUCAUUUUAGGAAGAUUUCUAUGUGGACUGGCUGGUGGUACUUGUUGCGUCCUAUCACCUAUUUUUAUAUCUGAGAUGGCAGACAAAAAUACCCGUGUACGGCUGCUGGUUUAUUUUCAGCUUUUAAUCAAUUGCGGAAUAUUUUAUGCCUUUUUAGUAGCGUACUUUUACGAUGAGAAGGACGCUAUUUGGCGUUAUAGUAUGAUUUGUGGCGUCAGUUGUGCUCUUAUUAUUUGGAUAGCGUUUUUACCCGAGACCCCACUUUAUUAUUUAUCGAUUAAUGACGAGCACUCAGCCAUUAAAUCAAUCAAAUGGUAUUAUGGUAAUGGAUCCAAUAAUGAUUUGGAUGAAUAUAAAAAACUCAUUAAAAGUAAAAAUCGUGUAUCAAAGGUCCUAAAAAAUUUCAAUGUUAUCCGUGCGAUAAUCGUAUGUCACGGAGUGAUAAUUAUCCAACAAUUAAGCGGCAUAAAUACUCUAACAUUUUACGCUACUGUAAUAUUCAACAAUGGAGGUUCCGGAGAGUUAACAGGAGCUCAACAAACCCUGGUAAUCGGAGGGCUGCAGAUUAUAUCAAGUAUUUUUUGCAUGCUGGUAAUCGAUUUUUGGGGCCGCAGAAUACUGUUGGCUGUGUCUGGAAUCAUAAUGGGUCUAUCUAUGAUACUUUUCGGUUGGUAUAUAAAUGUCCGUGAUGAAGAUCCAGAGUUUUACGAAGAAAGUUAUGGGUGGAUACCUCCGACAUGUAUGGUCAUCUACUUCAGUGCAUUCAAUCUCGGUUUAGGUCCAAUAUCAUGGUCUAUUCUGGGCGACACAUUUCCCAUUGAGAUCAAGACAUUCGGCGCCUCAAGUGUUGCUUUCCUCAGCUGGUUCAUAUCACUGAUAGCCACAUUGACCUUCGGCGAACUUGCACAGUCUCUCGGUAUUUCAAAAACGAUGUGGCUGUUCGGUGGUUUCUGCUGUCUCGGAGCGAUACUCUGCGGUGCUUUUGUGAGAGAAACAAGGGGCAUGAGUUUGGCUGAUAUCCAGCACACAUUUAAGAUUGAUCCAGUACAAGUUGAUAAUAAUUUAGAAUCGUAGAGAAAAUUUAUUUACUCGAUAAUAUUUGUUUUUGCUUCAUGUUUUGUUUCAAAAAUUAGUUAAUAAAAAUUUAUACAUUAAUGUUUGUUUUU